AACAACAAAACAAGUAAGUGCUAGAUGGAACCUUUGUGUGAAAACAGAGAAUCUAACAUUCAUAUGUAGGGAUAGUGUAAUUUGGUCUUCCUGCCUUUGGAGGGAGCUGUGUGUUCUUUGUUAUUAGUGGAUUAAACUUUUAUUCGCAAGGGUGGAGCUGUUUCCCCCAGUUCUAUUUCCUUUGUGAAAAGGUAAGGAGGAUUUUCACUGUUCUCAAUAAUAUAUGUUAAAUUUAUCCAAUUAUAUUAGCCAUCCAUGUUAUUCAAAGAAAAAUAUUGUUUUACAAAGGGUUUAAUAAAAUGUUUGUGAAAUUAUAUCAGAUGGAUUGUUUUUAUAUAUUUUAUUUCUUGCAUGUUUUCUGUGUUCCAUGUGGUGCAGCAUAUUUUAUGUAAUGUCGUGAUGUGUUAUUCUUUUUAUUUUGGCUACAGACAACAUUUGUCUGUUACAUGCAGUAGUUUAAUUUUGUUUUUCAGUGAAUUUGUGAACCAUGACUUACUAUUUAGCUGUAGCCACAUCCAUAUUUAGUGUAAAUCUAAUGUGUUAUAAAUGUGUGUAUGUAUGUUUAUGUAUCUAUGUUGGACAUUGUAAUGAGCAGUUCUAUCUCCUUUGUGAAAAGGCUGUGUCAGUGUGGGUUCUGCUGUGAAAGUGACUGAGUUGGAUAAAGAAGCCUAAUUAAAGAAAGCUGCUCUGUUUGACUCAACAAUCGUGGUGUCCUCCUCGUUCAUCCUUCAUUCAAACACAACGCAGAGACAAUUGGGGAGCACACCAGCAAGAGGGUUACACAUAUAAAACCAUACAAUCCUCUCAGGAAUUCCCUGGAAACAUCCAAUACAGCCUUCUCCAAAAGUACCAGAACAACAAGCCAUGCAGUCCUUCAGCAUUCAUCACUGUGUCCUGAUCUUCCUCACCCUCACCUUCACCACUGCUUCUGUAUCAGCUGCUGUUUGUUCUACAUCAGUGAAGCUUCUUCAGCCUGUGAUUCUCUCAUGUGAACAUAAAUGUUCUGCUUCAGUCAAAUGGACCUUAUUUCAGAAUCGAGAUGUUGUGUUUGCUCGGUGUGAUCAGACAUCAUGCACCUCACAGCAGAAGGGAUAUACUAUGUCACAUGAUCAGUACUUGAAGGGGAAUCUCAGUCUCAGCAUCGCUGCAGCAAACUACAGUGAGAGGAACACGUACACGUGUGAAUGUGGCGUCUCAGACAUCACUACUGUGCGCCUCAGUAUUGAGACCGUGUUCUCAGCAGUUCAGAUGAGUCCUGCUGAAGAUCUGCUCCUGGAUUUGUCUGUACCAGAGCCAGUGAAGGUGUUUUACAGAAGCAGUGAUUCAGCUGAUGAUGAACUGAUCUGCAACGUGACUCAGAGCUCAGCACAGUGUUCAUCUAAAUACACAUCCAGAACAUCACUCCAUCACCCACAGCUCACACUGAGAGGAGUGACGUCCAGUGAUAGUGGAACCUACACCAUCCAGAACACAAAGUAUAAUGAGGACAUCCAUGUGUACAAUGUCUCAGUGACAGAUAAUCAGAUUCCUUGGUGGGGAAUUGUACUGAUGGUGUUGCUGGUGCUGGUUCUGGUUCUGGCUGUCAUUGGAUGGAUAAAAUACCGAAAAGAUGCAAACUAUAGGUUGUUCAUAAAGGUUAGUAAGCAGCUGGUGGACGUGAACGCGCUUGUGAACAAGGCUCAGUCUGAGGGUAAUGAAGCGGUUGUGAAGGCGGAGAAGGCGAUAAAGAAGCUGAAAGAGCAAUACAGAGAAAAUCCUACAUAUUCUGAACAGAUCCAAAUGUUCUGCCAGGGGAAGGAACUGCAGCUGCAGCGGUGCACUGGAGAACAAGGAGAAGCUCUAAUUCUGACCAAGAGAGGGGUGAGGAGUAUGAUGGAGAAGGUGAUGAAGAGUUUGGAGAUGUUGAGUGAAGAUGGAGAAGGACACCUGCAGGGUAACAGCGUUACAGAGCUGGAACAGAUGGAGCAGGAUCUGAUUCAGAUUUUAGAGUGGUGUCGGAGUUCAACAAACCCACAGAGCAGCACAGAGGUGGAGAACCUGAAGAAGCAUCUGGAGGAGAAAUGUAUUCAGUAAUGUAGAGAGAAGUGGAUGGAGCUACUUGAUGUCUUUCAGCAGCACAAAGAUAAAGAACCUGAAGAUCUCAACUUUAGAAGAAAGCAGAAGGAACUCAGUCACUUGAUGUUAUAAUUGAGGGUGAAAGUAAAAUAUGUUCUGGUGUGAAGAAACUUUUAUCGCAACACAAACACAAGUAUUUCUCUGUUUGUGUUUAACUGCUGAAACCCAGGCUGAUUUGAUCUGUGAGUGUGUGUGUGGUUGAAUGUUGAAGAAGGAGGUACCAGGUAUGUAUCUGCAGUCAUAAACAUUCCUUUUGUACUAUGACAUGUUUACAAGGAGGCACUUUCACAAUUAAGUGUUAAUUUAUUUCGGUUAUUUUUUUUUUAUUAGUUUAAUUUGUUUGUUUUUAUAAUUCAACAUUUUUUAUAUGUUUAUUUGACUGGUAGACUAAAGUUUUAGAUUUUUCAAGAUUUAUGUGAUAUUUUUUGUUUUGAGUUAUAUUAAUACGUAUCCCAUCAUACUUAGUGGUACAGGUCACUUCCUGUUCACCGCAUGCUAGAGAAAGUCAUGAUGAGCAUUGAAAGCUGCAAUGUUUAUUGUAAAGUAAUAUAUGUUAAUUAAAAUAAGUUUGUGCAAAAAGUUACAACUCUUAGUCUACAAGCAGGCAAAAUGGUGUGUAAGUUUAUUUUCUGUUUUAUGUCCAAAUUUAAUGUUGUCUUUCUUUGUAACUGAAUAUAUGUUGUAUAUUUAUCCUGUGGCGGGGCUUUAACACACUGCACACACCACUGUGGAGGGGAUUCAACACACUGCACACACCACUGUGGAGGGGCUUUAACACACUGCACACACCACUGUGGAGGUGCUUCAACACACUG